CUAGAGGGAGAGAGAGAGAAAACAAAAGAUGCUGGAAGUAAACGGCUGGACUCAAAGGGGUAACUGCAUCGUCCCCGAGUAAAUGAGAUUGAGGAGUGGGGAGGGUGUUACAUUUUUCAGCCUUUAUUCCGACUCUGCCUCACUGGAACAAAGCAGUCACCAACAAGCCCCCGAGUAAGAGGAAGGGGCGGAGUAGCAGUGCACUUAGGAAUGCUGGAGACUGAACCUUCCCCGGCUCCCUGUGAACGAGCCGUGCCAACCUCCUUUCAUCUCAUCGGUGGAUAUAUUUAGAAUGAUCUUCCUCCUCCUAGGACCCUGAACGACCAAGAGGUUGCAUCCGAGGGAGGGGGCGGCGGCGUCGUAUUUCCUCCGGACACUUUCAGAAAUGUUGAAUUAUCGCAGCUUUCUAAACGGCUGGGUUUGGCUGGCUCGGUCCGUGGAGCCUGUUUUAGUGGGAGAAUGAAUUCCAGAUGUUUCUGCAGGAGACAGCAGCGUUGAGUCCGACUUCGUCUUAAUCGAUAGUCAAGCCAAAUCUGUUUCACUUCUGUGUGCUUCUGUCUUUCUCUCCUGCGGAUUUCAGUCCCAUCUUGGAUUUUUUUUCUCUCUCUCUCUUCCAUCCACACCCCCCCCCCCCAAAAAAAAGACAGCUGUAAAAUAUAAAUAAUUUAGUCUCAAAAUGGACGGGUUGUCAAAAAAGAAUGAGAAGUUAGAAGUGCCAGAAGAGGAGGAGGUCGAUCCGAGGAUUCAGGGGGAACUUGAAAAACUGAAUCAGUCGACGGAUGCUAUUAAUCGGCAGGAAACUGAAUUGGAGGAAGCUCGGCAGAAGUUUCGAACUGUUUUAGUCGAAGCUACUGUUAAGCUUGAUGAAGCUGGGAAGAAGGUUGGAAAAGCGGUGGAUGAUUCCAAGCCUUAUUGGGAAGCCAGGCGAGUUACACGACUGGCACAGCUGGAGGCCCAGAAGGCAACCCAAGAUUUUCAACGAGCCACUGAGGUGUUGCGAGCGGCCAAGGAGACCAUUGCACUGGCUGAACAGAGGCUAUUGGAAGACGAGGAACGUCAGUUUGACUCAGCGUGGCAAGAGAUGCUUAAUCAUGCAACACAGCGGGUCAUGGAAGCAGAACAAACCAAGACAAGGAGUGAGCUGUUACACAAAGACACAGCUAUGAAAUACAACGCAGCAAUGAGCAGGAUGAAGCAAUUGGAGAAGAAGCUGAAACGAGCCAUUAAUAAAUCCAAACCAUAUUUUGAACUCAAAGGAAAGUAUUAUCUACAGCUAGAGCAACUGAAGAAAAAUGUAGAUGACCUACAAACCAAACUGUCAGCAGCCAAAGGACAGUACAAAGCUGCUCUGAAGAACCUGGAGAUGAUCUCUGAUGAGAUUCAUGAAAGAAGACGCUCCAAUAUGAUGGGACCCAGGGGAAGAGGAGUCGGUGCUGAAGGGAAUGAAAACUCUUUAGAAGAUCUGUCCAGUUUAAAGACUGAACCCGAUGAAUUGUCCAUGACAUCAGAAAUAUUUGAAGAUGAUAACUGUGGCAGCCCUGUCUCUGAAGAUUCAGAGAGCCAGUCAGAGUCCAGUUUGAGCUCUUGUCCAACCAGCCCCUUGGAUCCCACCACUCCUUUCCCUCCAGUAAACCGUCCUCCCAGCUUGGAACUGUCGAGUCCUGUGUCUGAUUGUGGCAUGGGUUCGCCCAUUCUGGGACCUCGCAGUGAAUGCAGUGGAGCCUCAUCUCCCGAAUGUGAUACUGAAAAAGGGGACAGAGCUGAAGGUGUUGAAAAUGAGAACAAACUGAUGACCCAACAAUCUAUUGAUGAAACAACGCUGGAGAUCAGAGUAACUCAAAUUUCAAUCAAGUGCACAGAGCCAAAGGAGAAGAGGAUUUCAGACCUCGAAGUCUGUGGAAUGGCUCAGUCACCAACCUGUUAAAUAGUGUGAAACGACAUCCUAAAUGUGCCAGGAAACGUAGUGUCACAGAUGUACUUACUCAAACUGUCUUGGCCUUUUAAUAGCUGUCUAACUACUGCACUGAAAGGUUUCCUUAAAGAGUGGCUGAUGUUUAUAAUUGCAAAAAGAAAACUACAGUAGUAGUUCUGGGUUGAAAAUUAAUAGCAUAUCUGCAAAGUAUGUAGUUAGCAGUCUGACUUCAGACUGGAGGCAAAGUAGCAGUAUCCACUUUUGUGCUGUUGAAACUGGAUGUGAAGUAAGAAUCUUGUCUGCUUUGUUCCCCAGCUGAUGACCUGCUUGUAUGAGGCAGAGGUGGAGCUCAGACCAGCAGAAAGCCCUGCUUUGUUCCACUUGUACCGUGUGCUGCAUUUGUCUGCACCACUUCAUUGUGUUCCUCUUCGUGUUGACGCCAGCCCUAUCCUUGUCAGGAUACACUCGCUGCAUUGAAGAUUAGAUCUCACUUUGUGACAGUCUUAGUUGUUGUGUCCUGUUCAAAACUGACCUUAAGGACUUUUCCGUGUUUGUUAUUCAGAAGGACUUGCCCAAGAAAAGGAAACUGCCAUCAGUGUUUCACUUCCUGCACUGUUGUUCAUUAAUAGCGAAACAACACAGUUGGAAAGAGAGUCUAGGCUGACAAGGUGGAAUUCUACAAUUUAUUUCAAAGCGUUUUGACUACUGUAGGGAGUUGGCCAAUCUUUGUUCGUGGAAUGGAAUGGAAUGUGGCAGAAUUUUCACUGAUUGUCACGUUUAGUUCCUUUUAUAGCCAACCUUUCGUGCCAAUCCAAAGAAAGUUAUUGACUUUUAUUCUACUGGUAAGCUAAAUGUUUUGUUCAAGUGAUUAAUCUCUUUCAGAUCAUGCACCUUCACUUAAUUAAACUAUAUUAACUGGAUGUAUAGCAAUACAUGUAUCAACCUGUUUUGCUGCUGUCCAUUAUUUUGUUGCCUGACCAGGUGAGCAACAUCCUGAACUGUCGUAUAAUGGAAUCCAGAUCAUUAGUUUUUGUAUCUUAACACAACAAACAUCUAACCCAGUUUGCCAAGCCUGGUUCUCAUCUGAGAGGUGUACAAACAAGUGACCAAUGGCAAAGCUGCAUGCCUUAUGUUUUAAGCAAUAUCAGUCAUAAAUGUUGUAGUCUUUAGACAUUGUUUUCAGUGUUACAUUUUGUACAAUUUUGUUUCAGUAUUGUAAUAUUAAGAGCUGUCUAUGAUGCAUUUAACUUUUUAUAGACUCUUA